UAACGUCUCACAGGUAUUAAACUUUCGCCAAAAUGAGUGCAAAGAACCUACUGCUGUUGUUCGAUCGUCCCCAUGAGCCGGUUUACGUGCCAAAAGGCAACAAACAAGUUGUCCUAGACGUCCCGACAAAUUACUUGCCUGAAAAAUACCAGCCAGUUGCCAGUGAGAUUUUCUCCCGCGUUGGUACCUCGUCCGAGACAUCGAUCCCCAUAAAACAAAUCGCCAUCCCUGACUUGAGCCUGCCAUUAUCGCUUGGCCGCCGUGAUGGUUUCUCUUUAUUCCUUCCAGCUCAUCAAAAAAUGGCGUCCAAUCUCGUCGAGAUCUUUUUGGGUAUGCGAACCGUCGAGGAUCUAUUGUCUCUUGCUGCCUACUGCCGCGAUCGCAUCAACUCGCAGAUGUUCGUCUACGCAUUGUCGAUCGCCAUUUUACAUCGCCCGGAUACCAAAAAUCUUCCAAUUCCGCAAUUGAGCGAAAUCUUCCCGGACAAGUAUAUGGACAGUUCCAUCUUUAACCGAGCUAAGGAGGAAGCCAAUGUUAUGCCAACCGGUUCACGCAUUCCCAUCGAGAUCCCUUUGGAUUACACGGCGACCGACGCUGAUCCCGAGCAUCGCGUUGCUUAUUGGCGCGAAGAUAUUGGAAUUAAUCUCCAUCAUUGGCAUUGGCAUCUUGUCUAUCCAUUUUCCGGGCCGAUGGUCGUUGUCAACAAAGACAGACGUGGCGAGCUCUUUUAUUACAUGCACCAUCAAAUUCUAGCCAGAUACAAUGCCGAGCGUCUCUGCAAUAAUUUACCAAGAGUACGACGCUUGACAAACUUGCGCGAUCCAAUCCCCGAGGCAUACUUCCCCAAACUGGAUCAAAUCGUCGCCGGACGUUCCUGGCCGGCGCGACCCGCCGGCUACAGCCUCUCCGAUCUCGACCGUAAAUCCGAUCAACUGAAGAUCGAUCUGGCGGACCUUGAGCGCUUCAGGGAUCGCAUUUUUGAUGCCAUUCAUACGAACUCGGUGCGCAAUAACGCAGGGAGUACAGUGCGAAUUGACGAGAAGACGGGCAUUGACGUACUCGGCAACAUGGUCGAGGCGAGCAUCCUCAGUCCCAGUCGAACAUUUUACGGCGAUCUUCACAAUUUAGGCCAUCUUGUGAUCGCCUACUGCCACGAUCCCGACCACCGCUACCUGGAGUCUUUCAGCAUUAUGGGUGACUCGACAACGGCCAUGAGAGAUCCAGUUUUCUACAGAUGGCACGCAUUUAUCGACAGCCUCUUCACAGAAUACAAAGAUAGUUUACCGGCAUACACUCUGCAGCAACUGGUCUUCCCAGGCGUCAGCGUAUCCAAUAUUCGUAUAAAUACCUCAGGGGCAAAUCCCAAUACUCUGAACAGCCAUUGGACCAAAAGUGAUAUCGAUCUAUCUCGCGGCCUGGACUUUACUCCGCGAGGAUCAAUAUUCGCUCGAGUUCAGCACCUCAAUCACGAUUUUUACACCUAUACCAUCACCGCUAAUAAUUCUAAUAAUAAAGAGGUGCUUGGAACUGUUCGUAUUUUUAUUACUCCCAAAUUUGACGAAACAGGACGGCAAUUAACAUUUAACGAUCAACGGAUGCUAAUGAUCGAGAUGGAUAAAUUCACAGUUCCACUGUCCAGAGGGCAGAAUAUAAUUAACAGAAUGUCCAACGAAUCAGCGCUGACGAUUCCGUUUGAAGCAACAUUCCGCAACGUUGAUGAGAAUAGGCCGGACGAAGGUGAUUUUCAGAGUUUCGAUGAAUUUAAUUAUUGCGGUUGUGGAUGGCCACAACACAUGCUUGUGCCUAAGGGCACAAAACAAGGUUACCCCAUGGAUAUGUUCGUCAUGAUUUCCAAUUACGAAUUGGAUAGGGUGAAUCAAGCAGAUUCUCGUGGAUGUCGCGAUGGCGUUAGCUUCUGUGGAUUGAGAGAUCUUAAGUACCCGGACACCCAGUCAAUGGGAUUUCCAUUCGAUCGUGUCGCCAGAGUCGGUGUCAAUUCUUUACAUGACUUUUUAACACCAAAUAUGAAUCUGCAACAAAUAACGGUUCGAUUCAACGACGUCAUCAAGCCACGUCUAUCUUAUAAAAAACAGACUAAUGAGUCUGCCUCCGCGAGUCUAACGAAAGAUUAGAUAAGGCAUACUUUGUUGGGGAAAUUAUUGAUUUGAAGAAUUUAAAUACUACU